AUGAGUGCAACGGCGACAACCGUCAAUCUUGACGUGCUCAGACAGCGCUCUGACGUCAGCACAGAGCCCAAGAAACUGUCGGGCUUGAGCCUCUACUCGCGUUUCGCCUUUGCUGGUGCCGUCUGCUGUUCCGUCACCCAUGGAGGUCUCACGCCCGUUGAUGUCGUCAAGACCCGCAUCCAGCUUGACCCAGCCACCUAUAACCGCGGCAUGAUCGGCGGUUUCCGUCAGGUCAUCCAGAAUGAAGGCGCCGGUGCUCUAUUAACCGGCAUUGGCCCUACCUUGGCCGGCUACUUCCUGCAGGGCGGCUUGAAAUUCGGAGGCUAUGAGUUCUUCAAGCAACAAUCCAUCAACACAAUCGGCUACGAGAACGCCAGGAACAACCGCAUCGCGGUCUAUUGUGUCUCUGGCGCAGCCGCCGAGUUCUUUGCCGACAUUGCCCUCUGCCCUCUAGAGGCCACGCGCAUCCGGUUGGUGUCUGAGCCCGGGUUCGCCAAUGGUCUUGUUUCGGGCUUCACAAAGAUUGCUCGCCAGGAAGGCCUUGCCGCUUUCUACUCUGGCUUUGGUCCCAUUCUCUUUAAGCAGGUCCCGUAUACGAUGACCAAGUUCGUCUUUUACGAGAAAGUUUCCGAGUUCGCGUAUAGCAACUUCUUUGACAAGAAGAAGACUAGCGACGGCAUGCAAACCGCCAUCAACCUUGGUUCCGGUCUGAUUGCCGGUUUCGCCGCCGCCAUCGUCUCGCAGCCAGCCGACACUAUGCUCUCCAAGAUUAACAAGACCAAGGGUCUCCCAGGUGAGAGCAACACCAGCAGGUUGAUCAAGAUCGGCAGAGAACUGGGCCUGCGUGGCUCCUUCAGCGGAAUUGGUGCUCGUCUCUUCAUGGUCGGUGCCAUGUCGGCCGGCCAGUUUGCUAUUUACGGCGACCUCAAGAAAGCCAUGGGAGCUACUGGAGGCGUGGAGAUCGCAAAAUAG